AGCGAAUUAGAGCCUUGAUAUUUCGAGUUUGAUGAUCGUUUUUCUCUAAACCUUUUCCCGUGUUCUUCUAUAAUCUUUUGUCUCCAAAAAGACUCAGAUAUGAGGGGUAAUCAAGGGAUUUACGUUUUCAGUUUUUGGUAAGGCAUUUUUUCCCUGUAAGUUACAUGACACGUUCUCUAACGCUAUGAUCCGUGUAAUGAAAACAAAAUCUGCCAAAACACAACAUCUGCUAAAACUUCACAGUGUAGAUGGUUAUUCUUCGUAGUUGGACUGAGUUACAAGUCUAAAAUUGUUUUUGUUCUUCUAUUCGAUCUCACAGGCUUCAUGUAUCAAUCGUGGUGUUCUGUUUGGGGAGACAAGGGCAAAGUUCUCGUCCAUGUAAGUAGUAUCCGACAGUAAUGUAAGUUACGAGCGCUUGAACCAUGAUCAAAUCUGAACAAAAGUCAUUCUGUUUUAUCUUUGAAUAGAACCUUCUUCACUUAUCAGUAGCAAUGAUAAAAACCGUCGAUAUAUCUCUUCAGACCGACGGAUUAAAAAAAAUGGUGUGUUUAACUUUAUCAAAAACUCAAACAUUGCGUGUAACCUCCAUGAGGAGCGUUGAAGACCAAACGGAAAUAUCCCACUCGAAAUUCUGCCUAUGGAGGGAAUACUUCAUUGAUGCGGGAAUUUCGCUGAUCCAUUUUUUUCAUAAUACAUGUUUUUUUCCGUUCGACCGCUCAAAUAUGCAAAUUUUGCCGGACUUUGAGUUCAUCUCACGUUAGAACGACACAAAUACGCAAGGAAAUUUUUAUAGUAACUUUAUAACCAUCCUUUUGUCUUUUAAAAGCUAGAAGCUCAGUUGAUUCUGUCUUAUCGGUCAUUGUUAAAACUGUCUUUGUUUUGAUGCUACUUUUCGACAUAGAAAAAGUAUGUCGGACAAAAAUAUUCAUCAAAAAAUAAAUUUUUAUUUGCCAGCUUCAAUAACGACAGGGGAUUAAUUUUAGAUGAUAAAACAAAGGAUUAUGUUGACGGAAAUACCGGAGGUCAAAUAAAUUCGUUACACGAGGUCUCACAACUCGGGUAAUAUUCACGGUCAAAAUUUGCAUAUUUGAGCGGUAGAACGAAAAAAAUCAUUUCUCGAAAACUAAAAUAUAUUUCACAAAAAAACUACACCACAAUUAUUAGGACAUAUUGGGCUACAAAAUACGAAAGUAGGGGAGAAAACGAAUUCUGGGCGACUUGCCACAAUAUUUCAAAUUUGUUCGAUGGAUGCUGACAUCCUCUCUUAAGGCGCAUAUAAAUAAUCCACGGCAUGAUCAAAAGAGGAAGUCGGUGACGAAUUCCGGUUUGUUUGCGUAAUUGUUGGCGCGUUCCUAUUUGUUCGCGUAAUUUCCUCUGGAAAAUCAAGUAGUGCGAACACAUCAGCACGGACGUGCUCGGUGAUUGCAAGAAAUUUCUUUCGAAGGAAAGAAGAGUAUUAACGCGGAAAAGAACGAAAAUGUCGAAUUACCUCACACACAGGUAUUUUGUGGUAGAUUAUGUGUGUUGUGCGAAUAAAUGUAACCAAAAAUAAACUGUAUUUGUGCCACGGAUACCUGUUAGUACAAAAUGCCGACAGCAGACAGCAAACUGCAGACCGGAUACAAAAUAUAGACUGCAGACUGCAGAGUGGGUACAAAAUGUAGACUGAGAAUCUGAAGAGUUUUUACGUCUGGCAUAUAAUAGCAUGUCAUCUUACAGCUUACCGAGCGGCACGCAAUCGCUUUUCCGCUAUCAGCCUUCACGAUUAUUUGCACUAUUGUGGAAAAUUCGUGGCCCAUAUCUUGAUGAAAAUCGAUCGUAAUAAAAUUUCAAGCCUUCAAUAUAGUCCUCUUACUUUGCGCACGAGUUAGUUAGUGUGAUGUCUGUACAGAUUUUACCAACGUAAUAAAAGUAUGUAACGUGAAUAACAGUGAUGGUAAAGCAUAAGGAAGUUUUGAGAGGUUCAAAACCAUGGUACGUGUGGAGCACUGAAUUGCAAUACACUUAAACAAGUUUCUUCUCUCAAUAGCAUUGUCAAAGAACCACAAACAGACACUACCUCCCGUCACCACAAAUGCAAAGACACUUCCCUCCACCGCAAUCCCUACGAUAACUACUGCCACACCUUGCUUACCCAAUCAAUUUCAGUGCAGCGACGGCAGUUGCAUAAGAAAGACAUGGCGAUGUGAUGGCUCGCUUGACUGUUUGGACCAUUCCGAUGAAGAGAAGUGUCCAUGUAAAUCAUCUCAGAUGACCUGUGCUAAUGGAGUGUGCGUUAAUAAGCUUUGGAUUUGCGAUGGGGCAGACGAUUGUGGGGAUAACUCAGACGAACAGAACUGCAACGCACCAACAGCUCCAUCAGGUAAAGUAUUGGGUUGUUUAUGUCGUGAUAUUUUUUUCGAUUUUUUGCUGCUGUUUGUACUGAUACAGAAUCGCAAUAACAAAACAAAACACCUGUAG